GGGGUGCUUCUACUUGUUUUAGAAGAGAGAGAGAGAGAGAGAGAGAGAGAGAGAGAGAGAGAGAGAGAGAGAGAGAGAGAGAGAGAGAGAGAGAGAGAGAGAGAGGCGCCACUGUGUUUGUGUUUAUGAAGUGGGGAAUUGAUCCGGCUUGUUGCAGGGCUUAAAAGCUCGGCUUGAAUGUGUUUUACUGCCUUGGAAGGCGAAAGAGGGGGUGGAAACUCUCGGAAGAGGGAGAGAGCUGACGAGGCAGGCGCUUCGUUGGCAGGAGCGAGUGGAUCUAGGAGGAUGGUGAUGGCCGCAGGCGGCCACGAGGUUCAUCACAAGCACAGACGAUCACUUAGCGAUAUGAACUUGCCGUCGACAUUGCUUUCGCCCCGAGCGACUCCUGGAUCGCCCAUGGAUGUCGAGAGUGCGCUUGGGGUUUAUCAGAAGGGAGUUGUGAAGGCAGGAGGGGUAGGUGGCUUCCCUUCGCCCACAAAGAGUAUGGCUGCAGGACUCGUGCUCAAUGUUGCCAAUGGGGGAGGAGGAUGUGAUGCUAAGGGUUCGAUCGAUGGCGGCGGCGAAAGUAUUGUCGGGAGAAAUGGCGAGCGGGCUGGAGCGAGCAGCGUGGGAAACGCUGCGUGUGUUUUUGCGAAUGGGGUUGGCGGCGGGAAGACGGCGCCCUCUGUGCGGAAUGGCAGGGCUCCUCUGCGGUCAUUGCUGAUUGUGCGGCCGUCAUCGAUGGCCAAGCUGGAGGUGGCCUCUCCGCGUACGAGGAUGUGGAUAGAGGGGAACAAUGUGGAUCGGCAAGUGGGAGGAGGUGGGUACCGAAUCCCUCUCUCGCCGCUUGCCCUUAGGCGUGAGGCCAGCUGCCUGGCUCGCGGUGUAGUAGGUGUUCGUGCUGGUGUGCAGCUAGAUCUGGCCACGUUGGCGCGCAACUGUGAUGUGGGGUGCGGAGAGCUGUCGGAGCUGAAGAUGCGGCGAGAUAAGAUGGCGUUCUUCGAGAAGCAGUGCUCGCGUGUGACGGAUCAUAUCUACGUGGGGAGUGAUUUCGUUGCGAGGAACAGGGAGACACUGAGAGCGGCGGGAAUUACGCAUGUGCUAAACUGUGUGGGCUUCGUCUGCACGGAGUACUUUCCCGGAGAUCUCAAGUAUAAGACGCUGUGGCUGGAAGACACACCGGGGGAGGACAUUCUGUCCAUCCUUUACGAUGUGUUUGACUUUCUGGAGGAAGUGAGGGAGAUAGGAGGACGGGUAUUUGUGCAUUGCUGCCAGGGAGUUUCAAGAUCCACGGCGCUUGUGAUCGCUUACUUGAUGUGGAAAGAGGGGAGGAGCUACGAUGAUGUUUUCCGAGAUGUGAAGACUGCUCGUGGAGUGACCAACCCGAACAUGGGUUUCGCGUGUCAGCUGCUUCAGUGGCAGAAACGUGUUCUUGGUGGAGUAGGAGUAGGAGUAGGAGUAGGAAGAGCAAUAGGAGGAGGAGGAGGAGGAGGAGGAGGAGGGAGUCCGCGUUUCUUUCGGAUCGCGCCUCAUUCUCACUACGACCCUCUUCAUCUAGUCCACAAGCUUGUCCCGAAGGCUGGCGUGGAAUCGCUGGACACUCGGGGGGCUUUCUUGCUGGCCGAUCCUACGGGGGGUCUCUUCGUUUGGAAAGGGACGGAAUGCCCUGGUGUGAUCGCAAUGGCAGGAGAGAAGGCAGCGAAGCAGAUGAUGAAGUAUGAAAAGUUGGGAGGACCCGUCCGAUUUGUGAACGAGGGGGAGGAGAUGGCGGAGUUCUGGGCGGCGUUUCGCAAUGCAUCGUCUUCUCCGUCUUCCUUGUCAGCUUCUCCGAGAGUGGGAGUCGGGAUCGGGAGCAGACUCCUCAGGGUUCCUGCCUAUGACGCCGAUUACGAUGCGGUCGCCGAAGCCCUGAGUCAUCUUGGGAGCGAGCAAGUAGUCGCGGCGGAGGCACCUGCUGCGCAGACCGGCGGGACUGGGGUGCGCCGAAGGGGKUGGAACGAUGUCUCCGUGUACAUCGCCCAGGUGGAGUUCUGCAAUGGUGAGGGCUUGACGCCGUCGAGAAGCUAUGGAAAGAACAACGAUUGGGUGGGGAAGAGAGGAGGGAGUAGUGAGAGUGUGGACAGAGGUGGUGGGAUGGCUAUCGAGACGGAGACAUCGGCGGUGGCUGUCGUGAGCUCUUCAUGCGAAGCCGCCGGCGUUAUGGAGGGAGGGAAGGGGAACGGAUCAUGCUGCAGUUCUCCGGGAACCAGCGGGAGGGGCGGGAUCGGGAGGGGGAAACGUUCCGAAAGGAGGGGGGAGGAGGACAGGGAGAAUAGUUGCAAGGCCCUGCGAAGGGGUUUAGACGGAGGACCCGAGUCACCCACAAUGUCUCAGAGGAGGAGAUUUGAAGAGUCUAGCACCACCACAGUGGAUUCCGAGAGGAGAGGUGUUGGAAGUGGGGGUGUGCAAGAAGAUGAUCGGAGAGCGAGGGAGAUGGCUGACAAGAACCCCGUGGAGGGAGGCACGGCUAUGGUGGAAACUGCGUCGACGCGGCAAGUAGGUGUCGAAGAAUGUGUCUCGACGGCCAGGUUAAAAAAAGUGGGAGGGGAACAGAGGGAGGAAAUGGGAGGAGAAGAAGACAAGGCCGCAUCCCCUUCGGCCAGAUCAAAAGCGGUGAGGAGGGGGGGGGCGGGGGGGGGAAUUGGACGAGAAGAAGACAAGGUCGCAUCCAAUUUGAACAAUGGUGCCCUUUCACGGUUGUUCGAGUGGCCGUCCAGAGACGAGGUUCACGGCUUUGGCGCGGAUGUUUUGCAGUCACACAAGGUGUUCGUGCUCUGGAUUCUGAGGCCCCGCGGAGAGGAGGCGGCGGAGGGGAGAAGCGAACUGGUGGUGUGGGUGGGCGGUGAGUGCAGUAGUAAGGCCAGUGACGUGGAGGAUAGUCAAGAGGUAGAGGAAGAAGAAGAGCGCAAGCACGGCCGCCUCGCCUGGGAAAGGAGAUGGUGGCGAGCGGGUGACGAGUUCCGCUUGUGGAAAAGCGUUCCCGAAGGAACAUGCAUUCAGGUGGUUGAAGAAGGAAAGGAGCCGGAUGAUUUCUGGGCUUACUUCAGUCAGUAGGAUUUGAUCUCCUGCAUUCUGGUUUUGGAUGCAAGGGCGAAAGACUCGGCAUGGCUAACUCGAGAUC